GCCUCGUCCAGAGCCUGAAGGACCACAUCACCAAGCCCACCGCCAUGGCCCAAGGACGCGUGGCCCACCUCAUUGAGUGGAAAGGCUGGAACGCUCCCCCCGUGGGUUGGGGGCAGCCCCCCACUGAAGAGGUGCUGUACGAGGAGCUGACGGACGAGCUGAAGGAGGCUCGGUUUGCGGCAGGUGUGGCUGAGCAGUUUGCCAUCACGGAAGCCACCCUGAGUGGUUGGUCCUCCCUGAACGAAGAGGAGCUGAAUGACAGGGGAGGCUCGCAAGACGUGAUCCAGCUCCAAGAUCUGGAAGGCAUCUAUCUACAGGACGGUCUCCUUUUAUGUCCACCGGCUCCGGCAGGCAGCCUCCAGGCCUUCGUGCUCUCCAACCCGGAAUCCCCCAUCCCAAGCAGAGCCGUGAGGGCGAACGAGUGGAGCAGGGCCAAAGGCGGCUUGGGAAGGGCAGAAGGGAAGCUGGUGGGACCACCCAACGCCCGUAGAUGGCAGCAGAGUGCCACAUCCCUGCGUUACGUGGACAGCAGCUCUCCCUCCGAGGAUGAGGUCUUCUAUGACUAGGCUGGGGUCACUCCGUGGUGAGACUGGCAGCAACUGCGGUGGCAUUAGUCGCUCCAGGAGGGGCGGGAUUGCGUGGCCGAAGGGGGGUCUUGUUCCAGAGACUCUUUGCAGGCCCAGCCCACCCUUUGCCUGGCAGCCUGAGGAGCUGGGCUCAGGCAGUGCAUUAUGGUCCCAGAGUCGUUGCGGUUGCAGGAUGAUGUGCUUUUUUGACACAGCCCGUCAGCCCGAUCCACGAUUAGCACUUCUAGCACCGAGAUGGACCCUGCACAGCUGGUAAGACGGUAGGGGAGGCCCAUGGAGGAUGGAUUCGGAGCAGGGGUCAGAAUCCGGGUGGAAAUUUAGGCCGAGGACGCUCUCUGCCUACAUGAUCCAUACAGCCUCCUGUCCCCUCAAGUGUUCACAGAGCAAUGUUAAUCCUUCCUUACGGAUUAAAGGGUGCCUGGCCCAGGAAUGUUGUUACUGAAGGUGUAAAUAAAAACAGGUGCCACAGAAAAACAGCGUCCACCUUUUUGCCCGAAAGGAAAACUGCUGGGUGCCCUCCAGACGUCCCCUCUGUGUCUGAACUGGGAGAAAGGGAC